AUGGUGUCGACUCGCACCAGCCUGUGCAUCUCCGCCCUCUCCGCAUGCGCGCUCGGCCUCCUCUGGCUCUACACGUCGCGAGAGGACGAGCAGGCCGCCACGCUGACAGUCACGUGGGGCCGCGGCGCCGCUGCUGUCGUCGUGCUCGGAGAGUGGGAUGGCUGGAAGAAGGCGACGCGGCUAUCCCACACACGAGGGAUCCUGCACGCCGCAACCAUCAAGCUACCCGAGGAGUGCCCGCGCCGUCAGCGCAUCGGCGCACACGUCUGCUGCUACCGCUACGCCUAUAAGCUCGGGCUCACCCCCUCGCUCGCGCGGACGCGUCGCUCUUUGGACUGUCAACGUGGCGUGUGUCUCGGUCAGCCGCCCCUCCGCAGAGCGCGGCCGCGCGACGAGCCUGCGCCGUGCACCAAGCUGUCGUCGAGCCGGUGGGAGGUGCCGUCCGGCGGGGCGCUCCAGCCCUCUCCCCUCGCGCCGGGCAGCCGAGGAGGCCGCUCGUGGGAUGAGUGCUGCGACGCGUGCGUGGCUGCGGGCAGCGGGUGCGGCGGCUUCAACUGGGCGGCCAGGCACGGUUGCGCCCUCUUCGCGCUGCACGCCAUCGACGACCUCCACACCACCCUCUUUGCGACUGCGGGGGUGCGGCGGGAGGCGGUGCCGCGCGUGAGCGAGGCGUUGGUGGGGCUGGCCCGCCGCAGCCGCCCCAAGGCCAAGCCGACGACGGCCCUCGCCCCGCGGCGGGACCCUGUGUGA